GUUAUGGUUUUGUGGACUUUGACUGUCCGUCAGCAGCACAGAAGGCUGUUUCAUCUCUGAAGACCACCGGGGUGCAGGCGCAGAUGGCAAAGCAGCAGGAGCAGGACCCCACUAACCUGUACCUGUCUAAUCUGCCCGUCUCUGUGGAUGAACAGGAGCUGGAGGCGCAGCUCAGACCCUUCGGUCAUGUGAUCUCCACACGGAUAUUACGGGACGCCAGCGGCAUGAGCAGAGGUGUCGGCUUCGCUAGGAUGGAGUCCACAGAGAAAUGUGAAGUUGUCAUACAGCAUUUCAAUGGAAAAUAUCUCAAAGCUCCAGCAGGAAUCCCAGGUCCGUCUGAACCGCUGCUGUGCAAGUUUGCUGACGGCGGUCAGAAGAAGAGACAAACUCAGAGUAAAUAUCCACAGAACGGCCGAGCAUGGAGAGAAGGAGAGAUGGGAAUGACACUCGCAUAUGACCCUGCCAUCAUGCAGAACGGGUUCUACUCUCCUACGUACAAUAUCACUGCUAACCGGAUGAUCUCGCAAGCAUCCAUCACUCCAUUCAUCACUGCUUCACCCGUCUCUGCAUAUCAGAUUCAGAGCACAGCGUGGAUUCCUCCGCAGCAGUUUGUGAUGCAGCCCACAGGAGCUCUAGAUCACAGCGCAGCGGCCGUAAUGACUCCACUAACACAACAGAUGAGUCAGAUCACACUGGGAUCUCCUGCUAAUUACAUCACGGCUCCGGCUCCUGUGGCCCCUGUGCAGGGAACAUUCAUCCAUCAGUUAACGUCAGCACUUCCUGUAGAAGGUGUAGUAACAGACGUUCCUCUCCAGACGGUGGCUCCCUCAUCACAGGACAUCCAUUUAACACAGCAACAGAUCGCUGUGGAAACUAGUGACUGUAUUCAACCCUGCCCAGUCAACCAGUCCAAAUAGCAUCCUGAAGAGGUGGAUGUACGUCAGUGUUGUCUUCUGAUGGAGAUCUGACGCUCUGCACUGAACACACACACUCACUCAUUAUGAACUUCCAGGUGACAUCUGCACCAAAAACACUGACUUGACUUCGUUAUCUCCCUCCUGGACUGAAGGACUCUUCACGAGCUGAUCAGCUUUAUUUCUCUGUUGUUUUUUAUGUCUGUUGGACUGAAUCUUCUUCAGAGAGUUCAUAAAUAUGAAAACACUGUGUGGAUAUAUAAAUGAUCAGAAGAGCACGGAUUAUCUUCCUCAGAUAUUAAGCUUUCACAUUUUCUUCUGUCAAAUGUUGGUUUUACAGGAAUUUACAUAAAUCUCAGUUGCCUUAA